UCCGAAUACACACCUUUUUUUUCUGUGCAAAAUAUACAUAUUUUUACAAUCCAGUUUCCCCUAAUAGAAUGCAUUUUGUAUGUUAUUGUCCCUAUGAUGAGCAUUUUAUGUGCACCUUUACAUCAGUACCUGCAUUUUUUAGCACAUUACUUGGUUGGAGAACUGCAUUGCAAAAUUCAGAGAAGUCCAAAUUUCAAAGGAUGGCUAUGUUUCAGAUCAUGUAUUGACUCAAAAAGUACGAAGUUCACCUUCAGAUACAAACUAAACAGAAUUCUACACACACCCAAUCCCUAAACAGAACUUUCUCAUAUGAGCUAACAGAUAGUAAACCUUUGCCUGCUUCUGUAUUUCAGUGCAGAGUGCUUUAAUGGCUGCAGAAGAGGGAAAAAUUCAACAGAUAACCCUUCUCUCCUCCCCUUGCUGCACCUUCAUGUUGUAAAAAAUGUAUUGUGCCAGAAAAAUAUGCGGUAACCGGUGUUGUUGGAGCAGGUUUAUUGCUAUCUCUUGGGUCCCUGAUAAUAGCUUUAUUCCCAUUUGAUAAAAGAACAAACAGCGGCCAGUUUUGUACCCCGCCUACUUUUCUGAGGAAACGAAACUUAAUUCUGCUUUGGCAAGCUUUCCCUUUUCCUUCAGAAGGGCAUAGAAAGAGAAAGACCAGGUGCUGAGAUCCAGGAAGCUCCAAGAUGGCUUUGCAGCCUAUUUUAAACCCGGUGAGUGUGGAGAGUGUGUGUAAGAGGGGAAAGCUUGAGAAGGUGGUGGUCAGGAAGGCUGCAUAGACAUUUUCUAAGAGGUUGUGUCUCUCCUAAGGAUGAACUAGCCGGGAGAUCUGACUAGCCCUUCCCUGUCUCCUUGCAGCAAGCUUUCUAUGUGCAUCCUUACAGCUAGGAUUGAGCUGCUGCAAGGAUAAUUGAGUUACAGAGAAAACCCAGAGAAAAUGCAGACCAGAAGCGGAUAAGGCUUUUCUUGGCAGGGAGAUAAGUAACGGGGAAAGCUCAGCUCCUCAAUUCCUCUGGAUUCCUCUGGACCGACACUGUUUUGUGGGAGAGAUUCAAGUGCGUACCUGAACUUUAGGUUUGCACAGUUAAAGUGCACUGAAGGGCUCUGUUACCAUAGUGCAAUAAAUCUGCUUAACAAAGAAGAGCGCUUUUUGUGGUUUGGAAAGUGGUUUGGAAAUGCAUUGAAAAGUAUGCGAUGAACGAAGUAACAGCGAGAAGACAUGUAAGCUUCCCGCAAGCAAAUUGGGAUGGGUGCUCAUUGUAGUAUAAACAAAUUGGAACAAAUGCUCAGUAAAAACCAGACAUCGCCUAAGCUUCGUGUUAGCUCUGUGGAAGCGUAUCGGGAUAAAUGCUGAAUAACCUUGGCUAUGUUACCUCAACCGAAAGGCAUGGUAAGAAAAAAAGCAAGGCAAAAUUUAAAGUGGUUGUGACUCUUUGCUGCCUUCCAGUCAAUGCAAUCUAAGUUGCCCCUGAGGUCUUUCGCUCCUUGCGCACUACCAAAUUUGAGUCAAAUCUUUGCCCAGAAUGUCCCCACCACCAAGUUUGGGGCCUUAAGCUAAAAAUGUGUAUUUAGAAAACAGGACUUUUAGACCAUUUCCUUUGUUUAUCACACCAAUGAUAUUCAGAGAUAUAUAAUGCCUGAGGAGAUUAUACUUGAGUUUGGGGAAUAGGGACCCAGCAGAUGACCACCUUUUUCUUUUCUUUUUUCUGCCCCACAGAGCGUUCCCUUUACUGGCCCCAUUUUUGGGGGUCUGACUGAGGGGAAGAUGAUUGUAAUCCAAGGGCAAGUCCGGGUUUCUGUGAAAAGGUUUGUCCUGCUUCCGCUUAGCUCUUUGUGCCCUUUUGAUAAUUAUCCCACCUCAUCAAUACCUUCCCCUCACAUUUGAUUCUCUGUUUUUACAGUCUUUCCAUCUCCUUCCUCUUCACUGACUUUCCCCUGCUCUCCCAAAUUCCAGAGAGUGCCUCACAUUUUGCAUUUAACGUGACCUUGCCCUGUCAGGAACAGCCCUAGCAUUGGGCAGAGUAAGUUGGUUGCCUCAGGCGGCUGAAAUUUUGGGUGUCGUCAAGACAAGGCAUUAAAUCACCUCUUAUUUACUUUUAUAUUUAUUGAGAUUUUUACUCUCGGGGAGAUGUGAGAUUUCCUGCCUCAGGUGCUAUAAUAACUUACCCAGCCCUAGGUAACUUUCAUGUUGACAUUAGAGGAGGUGUCAUUUGCAUUGUGCCUCAGGGGACAAAAUAUAUUUGUGUGAACAAGGAACCAGGAGAAACAACAACAUGGGCAGUGUUUUCCUUUUGGAAUAGUUUCCAGGACGAUUAAAGCCACAACUCCAUCCAGCCUUUACUAUCGUUAUUUUUAGCUGCUCACCACAAGUGAAUAAGCUGCUUUUGCAGUGGACUUCACCGCCCAUACUGAUGUGGUCUACCCCCGAACUUGGAGGGUUUUACAUCAAGCCCUACCCUGUUACCAGUAUUCUUGAUUUUAAGAAUAUCUGUAGAAAUAUUACAAUUUACCAGUAUUUAGCCACAAACCGGGUUGGUUCCAGGUACUAAUGUGCAGGCAAAAACAUGUAGUUUUCCCCACAAGGGACCCACAUUUUCCUCCCCCUGAAAGUGUGGUGCAGUUUUUAAUCUACCCCUCUCCUUUAGCUAGGGUGGUCACUUAGAUGUCACCCCAAGCGACAGAUUUGCCCAAAAUGUGCAGAAAUCUUGGGUUGUACCUGAUGCUAGUCCUCCUCAUUAAAGCUAAUGGACAAGGCUAACGUAGGUUCACUAUUUUAAGUGGGUCUCCUCUGAGUAUAACUAAGUUAGAGAAAUCUGUGUACCAUAAUUUUAUUUUAAAAAGAUCAGUACAUCUGCUCUCAUUAUAGUGGUGAAGACUGUGAGCAGGUGAGCUGUGUGCCUACCUGUUCCCAGGUGUUCAUUGCUGAUGGACCCCUGCAAGGUCUCCUUAGUGGCUGUUUUUUAUCAUUGAUUAAUUAAUUAAACUUAUUAGUAACACACACACACACGUAACCCAGACAGCUUACAAAAAUAAAUAGAUAACACAUACAUCAAAACCAGCAUAAAGCAAAACAGAAAAAGCUAAAACUCAUUAGUAUUUUAAAAAGGCAUGGCUAAAGCAUUCUUCUAAUGUUUUAGGCCACGGGUAAUUCAAAGCCACAGGUCUGGUGAUAAGAAAUGUUUUUUUGCCUGGUGCCUAAAAGUAAGUAAUGAUGGCACCAGGUGAGCCUCCCUGAGGAGAGCAUUCCACAAAUGGGGAGCCAUCACUGAAAAGGCCUUUAAACAGGGUUUAGACCAGAAAUCCCUUCAAACAGAGGACUGUCUUCUGUAAAGGAGGGCAUUGUACCUGCUGGAAGAGCAGCAGGAUUAAGGAUUUAGGGCUCAUUCCAGUAAACACUUCAAAAUACCCAUAGGCCAUCUUGUUUGGUGCCGGCACUGUAUAUAGCAUAGCUCAUGAUACUUGACGCUAAUUUCUGUGGAGAAAUUAUAUCCCUUUGAUAGUAAGGGAUUUCAUUUUUAAAAGAAGCAACAAUUUACCAGUUGCUUGAAAACCAGCCCCUAGUAAUGGGGUGCUGUUCUUAUACAGACACAAAACCGCCUGAAGAACAUUUCAUGGCUGCCAAUAUGGCAGCUCCCCCACCUAUACCUUUGCCCAUUACUGGUGGUAAAUGGGAGUGAGGAUGCUGCCAUAAGCAACCAUAGAAUGGUCUUCAUGUGUUUUGUGGUAAUUUACCUCACACAACUGGCUUUCAAGCAACUGGUAAAGUUUUUUGUUUUUUUUAAAGAAGAAUCAUUCAAAAAAGCCUUUCUUGUGUGAGGGAGAUACUGAUCUAAGGGUGCUGUUGAGAGGCUUGUUUUGCAGCAUUAUAUAAUGAAAUUGUUGUUGGGUUUUUGUUUGUUUUAUGACUUUAAUCUAAAAAAGCAGGAAACUAGUUCCUGGUACCAAAGAGGACUUUGAGCCACUUUUGAAACUGUAGGAAGUCUCAGAAAUGGUUUAUGUCAUGAGGCAGCUUGGGGAGAAGAUCUAUUAAAAAGGCAGAAACCACAUUAAGCUUCCCCAUCCCUUCAAGUGCGUCAAAAGUAGCUAUUUGGGGAUCCCAGCCUAAAUGGCUAUUUUUCAAUUUAUUCUUAUUUUAUUUUAAUAUUGUGAGCCAUGUUGAGGGUGUGCACUAGACCAAAAGGUACUUCACCCAAACAAACAAACAAAAUAGGGUGGACAGGAGCAAAAGUGGUCAGGGUCCCUGUACCUUCAAUAGGUAUAUAGAAUAUGGAACUUUUCUCACCCAAGCAUGACAAAUCACACAACAUAUGCACAGUUAUUAAAACAAAGCCUUGUAAUUUAUUUUGCAAGUGGCUAUAUAUAUUGUUAUUCACUCAGAAUGGUAGGGGUGGCUUGAAGUGGCAUACUUUUGGGUUUUUUUGGCAAAUAUUUUUAUUGACUGGCUUUCUGAACAUACAAUUAACAAACAUUAUCCUAAAAUAGAAGCAUGGUGCUUCUGCUUGAAGUCCAGUAGAUUAAUUUAAAGAGUCUCUCCAUGGGUUGCUGGAGGAAUUAUCGUGUGACUAAGCUCUGUUAACAUAUGAAAUGAAACGAAACUAUGUCAGUCAUUUUUUAUAAAAAAUAUAGCCUUCAAUCUUCCCAUUAACUUUUCAACUAAAUCAGUUUGCCAAAUGUUUGCAUACCACCUGGAUAAUGUUAAUCCUAGAGUAGUUUUACCAGUACUUAUUAGCCGUCGAGCCGCCACCAUUAAAAAUGUAAGGAACACCAGGAUUUUGAUUAUCAAAUAUGGACAACGAUGCUAGUUGAGGAAUACAACUUCUUUGCCAGUCUCUUCAAAUUUAUUUAUUUUUUUUUUGGUCCACCAUAUGUUUUAAGCGCCCUCAAAGAACCUCAUGGGAACUGUAGUUUGUUAUGGGUGCUGGGAAUUCUAGGUCAUCGAGGGGUAAACUACAGUUCCCAAUGUUCUUGAGGGAGAGGACUGUGCUUUAAAGGGAUGGUGUGUACACAGCCUAAAGCUCAUUAACAACACAAUCUUUUAUGCACCUUCAUGGCUCCUGCUCUUUCCGAAUCACCCCUUUCCCCUACUCUCCCCUCCAUUUCAUCUCUCCAGUUCUUUCCCUGCAGGUGUGGUCAUGGUCAACAAGCCCACCUGCCCAUCUCUUCCCGCUGAGCUUCAGCCCAACCAUCCCCUCACAUUUCAGAUUCUCGGUCAAUCUAGUGUGCGGCAACGGCAACGUCGCCUUCCACUUCAACCCCCGUUUCGAUGAAGGCCGAGUCGUCGUGUGCAAUACUCAGCAACACGGCCGCUGGGGAGCUGAGGAGCGGGCCUACAACAUGCCUUUCCAGCCAAAUAUUUAUUUUGAGAUGAUCAUCAACGUCAAGAGCCACUGCUAUCAGGUGAGGAGGCUGGAGAAGCUGCUCCGGCUCGCUGUCUACCAUGCAGCCCCUUCGUGUCUUGCAGGGGAAGGACUUGAUAAUUUGCAAGUGCAAGACUCCGACUUGGCUUUAUGUUUAGGCCGGCAGAAGCUUGGCCCCAUAGUGGUGCAGCAAUAGAGCUGCUAGCACAUUUGCAAAGCUAAGCAGGGUCGGGUAUGGUUUCAUAUUGGAUGGGGAGCCUCGUGUUGCAAUUCUUGCUUUGCAGGGGGUUGGAGUAGAUGACCCUCGGGGUCCCUUCCAGCUCUACAGUUCUAUGAUUCUAUAAGAGAUAUGCUUCUCCAUUCCUUCCCCUCCCGCCGCAUUCCCGUUAGAGAUGCGGCUCGGCUGACAAGAACAAUUUGGCAGGGGAUGAUGAUAGUGAAGAACAAAUAUAUAAAGGCUGUAUAAGAGCUGUGCAGGCUGGCCCGAUGUUGCAAUGAAUUCUCAUGAGGACUUAAAACAGAAAUGAGCAGACCGAUAUGCAAAUUGUGGGGAAAUGAACUUAGGACUGGAAGAAUUAGGAACCUGCAGAAACUUGAAUGGAUUUAUCUGCCCAUCCCUAACCACAGUAAGCGUGUCUGGGAAGUGAAGUGUUUAGGGGGUUCUGUGCAUACUUUCAUGCUGAGGGGUGUGGCGCUUGUACAAGUGUGGGCACAGCCUUCCAUUUCAGGAGGGCCAGGCUUCUGAAAAUAUAGAAGAAAUGCUUCACCUGUGAGUUCUGCUGAAUGGGUUGCCUCACAAGUCCCCUUUGUUUGAUAGCUGCUACCACCUAGUGGGUGAAGUAGAACAAGGGUGGAAUUCUAUUCCAAGAAGAAGGUAGGCUGUCACAGAUCAUAUGAGGCGUCCAGUACAAUUCACCAAACUGUCUCCCUGUGGGCUGUCAUUCAGUUUUAAGCAGCUAGGCCAAGAGAGAAGCCAAACAAACAUAGGACAUCAGUCAAUCCAAGGCAUUAAAGAGAUGGCUGUAGUCUGUAGAAUCAUGUAUUUAUGCUUAUAAUAAUUUUAUUCAAACAACCUUUAAGAAAUAAACUUGACAGUGGAUUUUCUAAAUGUUUCCAUUUAUUAAAUCUUGAAACUAUAAGAGGAGGGGGGCCAUGUGGGCACUACCAAAAAAGGAGACACAGAUUUGCAUAACGUUUGCACCUGCCAUUUUUCUAUCGAUUUGAAUGGAAAUAUAAUCCAUCUCGUCAUAGUGGGGAGGGCAGGGGCAGUGUGUCGCGUUGUGUCACCCGAGGUGAAGUGGGAAUGUGCUGCGCUGCCAUGCUACACCCCUUCCUCCUCCUUUACCUGGGUUGCCCAUGAAGUGGCAGCAGCAUCGGUGGGUUCCAGCGAGGCAAAAUGUCACAAAAUCUUGCCUCGUCUCAAAGGGACUCGCCUAACCAGUUCCUCAACCUCCUCCAAACUCAUAACAAUAAAGUUAAAUGCUAAGAGUUACUUAUAUCCAAUUGUAGUUCUACACAGAGUAGACAACUGAAAUUAAUGGACAUGAGAGUCAGUUUAGUUCCAUCAAUUUCAAUGAGUCUACUCUGAUUAUAAUCUAGUUCAACUCACUGACUCCAACACCUUAACUAGGUUGUCCCUCCAAGUUCCACCCUCGGAUUAGGAGCCCACAAAGCACAAAUUCUGCCUCUUGUUUCCCAAGAACUAAUCUCACCUCCUCCUUCCAUUAUUCUAGGUAUCCGUCAAUGGCAACCACUUCCUGGAGUACAGACACCGCCUUCCUUUCCAUGAGGUCCAGACAUUGCAGAUCAAUGGAGAUGUCUCUUUGAACUGCAUCAGCUUUGCUGGCACUAAUGUGAGUUGCACAGUUUCACCUCUUACACCUCCUCCAAUUUCAGCUUACCGUGGUGGAUCAUGUACCUUGUAAUGUGGGUAGCAGCCAUUUGCAAAUCAAAGGAGAACACUUAGAAAUGUGUCAGUCUAAUUUUAAAAUGAGGUGCUGGCAACUGGUGACAUAUGGAGUCGGCAGAGACAAAACAUUUGUGGUUGCAGUUCUCAUGCGAGCUUGAACACUAGAAACAAGAUGCAGUGAAUUUGUAUGAACAACUUACCCUUCUUGGGGAGCAAUCCUGGGGAGGGAUGCUGCAGACCUCUAUGCCAGAGAGGGUGGUUUGCAGAUAGACUCUUCUUCAUCAUGGUGGCAGAAACCUUAAGUGCCAUCAGUGCUGUGCUCUGCCAUUGCUGCACCAGCGGUGGCAAGACCAACAAUGAACUGUGUUGUGCCAUGCCAAGCCUCUGUCAGAGGAGGCUGUGGGUGUACAGGAUCCCAAGCCUCCUUGUGACCCCAGAUAAACCUUCAUUUGCAUUGCCUGGCAUAAGCUUUUGGGACUUGGCAGAAUUUGACAGAAUUCCACACACACACCCUGUGUCCCAUUAGGAUUGUUCUGUAAGUUAUUUUUUGAAACGUACUUGCCGUACGUCUUUGCCAGUUCUUGAAAUUGAUUUCACAGUUCCCACACUGAAACACAAAUAUGUGAAACAGAAGAUUUUGCUUUAUAUCACAAGGUGAUCAGCAGGGUUAAGAUUCUUCUUGAUUAGCCUUUGCCUGAUACGUGAAGUAUAAGAAAGUAGGCAGCAGGCAGACCUAUCAGAGAAAGCAUUCCAUAAAUAAGGUACCACCACCAAUAAUGCUAAGUUUCAAAUUUUCAAAUAUCAGGUAAGAGAACUGUGAGAGGCAUCUCUGAGGAUUCUACCAGAAGUUUCAUGGCCCUGUUACCCAAGAUGCUGCCAGCUGGAGUAAGCAGAAUGGGCCAAGCUGGAUAAGUGAUCUGACCUAGUACAAAGUGGCUUUGUGUGCUCAUACUUAAUCUUAAGAGGGCAUGAGAAAUACAAACUUGCUUCAGAAGCAAACAAAUAAAAAAGGAUUUUUUUUUGCUUUGGAAGCCAAUAAUGUUAUUUACGCAUUCAUAUAUUUACGAAUGGAUGUAUCACUUUAAGGUGGCAGUUGAUGGCUUUUGGAUCAAAUUGGGAAAAGAGACAGUGCCAGAAGGGCAAGUUGUUAUUGUUGUUGUUGUUUAAAAAAAUAGUUCUUAUUUCCAAACGUAUUUUUAUUGUGUUUCAGCCUCCACCCCCAUAUACCCCUCCUGCUUACAAUGUUGUGACAGCCACCACAGUAAGUAGAAACCCUUAGUUUGUUUGCAUCUCUUUGCUUUGCAAAUCUAGUGGGGGGCUGGGGCUGGUGGGGAUUGAUUAGUACUGGUUAUUUAUGUAGCAGUUUCAGUGCACGAAGUGCUUUACAGUGGUACCUCUAGUUAUGAACUUAAUUCGUUCUGGAGGUCCGUUCUUAACCUGAAACUGUUCUUAACUAGAGGCGGGCUUUCGCUAAUGGGGCCUCUUGCUGCCGCUGCACCGCCGGCACGUGAUUUCUGUUCUCAUCCUGAGGCAAAGUUCUCAACUCGAGGCAAAUCUUCCAGGUUAGCGGAGUUUGUAACCUGAACCGUUUGUAACCUGAGGCGUUUGUUAACUCGAGGUACCACUGUACUACAUUCACCUUCAUAACUCCUUGCAAAGUAGGCCACUAGUUUUCCCAUUUUCUGGGUUGGAACGGAGAAAUAAGUGACUUAUUCAAGGUCACCCACUGAAGACCUAGCCACAUAACUGUUGAGGACAUGGUGCACUGGGGGAAAAUAGUUGAGAAUCCUGUUUGUGUUCACAUUGAACCUUUGCCUCCCUAAUUCUUGGAAGCCAAUCACAGAAUCACUGUUAGAGGAGCCUGGUAGACUAGGAGGGGGGAACCUCUGCUCCUCCCAAUAUUGCUGAACUACAACUCCCAAGCAAAUGCGGCCAGAAAUUAUGGAAGUUAUAGUUCAGCAACAUCUGGAGGACCAAAGGGUCCCCACACCUGUUGUGCAGAUCAUCUGGGCCAACCUUCUCCACUGUUCAGCACUAAGGCAUUCCUAGAACAAGGCUGCCUAACGUCAACUUGUAGACCUCCAGUAAGCGCGAACCCCAUGACCCCAUAUACGUAACCAGUGGUCUCAUACCCUGCGUUGCUCAGAAAUCAGUCUUGAAAGGCUCAAAAUGACAUCUAGCUAUAUCCAAACAGACAAAAACCUGUGUCUUGAUCUCAGGAACCACCAUGCAAAAUUUUGCAACGAUAUUUUAAGAGGUGUCCAAAUGCACAGUGAACAGGCAGACCACUUUGUCAAACCACUCUGACCAUUAAUAAAAUUAUCCUAACGUUCAACUGAAGUCUACCCUUCUGUAACUUAAGAUCUAGAUCUUUCCCAGGAGCAAAUAAGUCUUUCCCCUCUUCUCUGUGACAGCUUUCCAGAUAUUUGAGCAGUGUUAUCAUAUCCCCCCCUCAGUCCUCUAGGUUAAACAUACCAAUAGAGCACGCUUCUGGGGUUGAAGUCAAAUGGCUGUGUUAGCAGCACUAAAGUGACCUCUGCCUGCAAUAAUAAUAAUAAUAAUAAUAAUAAUAAUAAUAAUGCUGAAACUGCAUCCCAGAGCUAAGAGAAUCAAACCGCUAAAUAUCCUUCUAUCAGUGCAAAAGUUAAUGCUCCCUUAAUGAUAUAUCUCUUUCUUUUCAGGUUGGUGGUAUGUUUGCUCAGCCGAACUUUGUGCAGCCAUCAUUUUCUGUGAGUAGCUUCGUGGAAACUUCUCAGAUCCUAUAAACUACUGGGCUAAAGGAUGGGAGGCCUAAGGCACAACCUGGCACCCUGAUCCACUCACAAAUGGUGACUUGUUGUGGUUGCCGCACAACAGCAGAAUCCUGUUGGCACAUGGGAAGGCCCAGAGCUCAGUGGAAGUAGGGCAUAGCUCCAUGAGAAAAAUACAUGCUUUCCAGGCAGAAGGUUCCACAGGUUGCGAUCCUAUACUCAGUUACCUGGCUGGGAAUAAAUCCUGUUGAAAUCUGUGGGACUUUCUUCUUCUUCUUCCAUUUUUUUAAAUCAAUGUAUAUACAGUGGUACCUCGCAAGACGAAUGCCUCGCAAGACAAAAAACUCGCUAGACGAAAGGGUUUUUUGUUUUUUGAGCUGCUUCGCAAGACGAUUUUCCCUAUGGGCUUGCUUCGCAAGACGGAAACGUCUUACAAGUUUGUUUCCUUUUUCUUAACACCGUUAAUACAGUUGCGACUUGACUUCGAGGAGCAACUCAUAGAAUGCGGUGUGGUAGCCUUUUUUGAGGUUUUUAAAGACUUUGGUGAUUUUUGAAGCUUUUCCAAAACUUUCCCGACACCGUGCUUCGCAAGACGAAAAAAAUCGCAAGACGACAAAACUCGCGGAACGAAUUAAUUUCGUCUUGCGAGGCACCACUGUACAACAUGAAAAACAGUUGUAGGGAAAUAUUAGAAAAAGAACAGAAAAACAAACCAAGCACAUGGUAAAGGUAAAGGUAAAGGGACCCCUGACCGUUAGGUCCAGUCGCGGACGACUCUGGGGUUGUGGCGUUCAUCUCGCUUUACUGGCUGAGGGAGCUGGCGUACAGCUUCCGGGUCAUGUGGCCAGCAUGACUAAGCCGCUUCUGGCGAACCAGAGCAGCGCAUGGAAACGCUGUUUGAUCCACGUGCUUUAAUCCACUUUGAUUGUGCAAACCUAAAUUUUCUGGUAUGCGUUUUCAAUCCUACCUGCAAAAUAAUGAGACUGUGGAAGAGUUUUGUUCCCUCCCACUGAGCUACGUAUAGAUCCACCCACUGGCAAGUCAGGAUUGCAGAGAGGAAGUGAGGAUUAGGAGAAGAAUGGGGUUAAGAAUUAGGGUGAGAUGUUAAAUGAGAAGAAGCUGGAGUAUUUACAGAUUCCAGAGUGAUGAUUUUUCCUUUCUUUCUUAGUAUAGAUUUUGAUAUUUCAUGCAGGGCCCUUACAAAGAAAACAUUUUAAAUUAUAUUAAGGGGGGGGGGUUUACUUAAACUGACUAAUCAAAAAGCAAGACUCGGUGUUUUUUUCUGGGGGGACACAGGGGUACACAUACCCCUAAUCAUUUUGUGAAUCUAAGUUUGCCUCACUAAGGGGCAGUAUUUCAGUAUGAGUAGGAAAAUGAGAAUACCCCUAAACAUUUUUUUAGAAAAAAAGCACUGGCAAGACUAGUCAGUGAAACAUUCUCUCUAGUUAGUGGACAACUCUGGAGACAUUUGAUUGCUCCACCUCUUCACUGGGUUCAACAAGUGUUCCCUGAAACAAAAAAAAAUUAAUACAAACAAUAGUUCUAUGUAAGUUAAAUUAUUGCUUUUCUUUUCAUUCUUUGCAGACAAGGAAGAAGAAGACGGCCCAGGUGUGUGGGUUAAAUUCUGGGGCAAUAUUGUAGUCUACCUAGUUUAGAUAAGGCAGGACUGCAGGGGUUUGGUCUAGACUGAAUUUUGAUGCUUUUCGGUUCUGCUAUACAGUAUUAUUAUUGCAAGGCCUUUCACUUUUUCUCUGUUUCUUCAUCUUUUCUCAGGGUAACAGUGGAAUAACUUUGUCCAAUCCUGUGAGUAUAUUGGUGUUCUGUUUUCUAUGCCUCUUGGUUCUCCAUCAUAGAUAAAUUUAGAAAUUUCUGCUCGUUUUUGACAUAGAUUAAAGAUGGUAAACUGGCAGCCUGUAGGCCCCAAAUAUAAUUUACAACACACCCACACAACAGAUGCAUCUCCUUUUGGCUAUAUGAAGUGUUCUUGUGGCAUUUUUCCCCUGAAGCUCCUGAAUCUUCCCACUCUUGGGAGACAGGACGCUUAGUCAAGACGGAUUGGUCUGAUCUUAUACAGGCAUCAGGCCAAGUCUAGACAUAGGUUGCCUAGUUAGAUUAGGGAAAGCUGAGUGUUAAGAGGCAGCAAAGCAGACAGGAGUCAAAGAGGGUCUGGGCAGGGCACAAUGAAAGAAAAGGCUCAGCAAGCAAGUUCAAGAGGCAACCAACGUGCAAAUAUAAUCAAGAGAUUUGCUCUGCGUGCCAGCAGCUUCUCCCCUUAAGACAUAAGCUAUAAGUUAAAGAGAUCCCAUAGCACUACCAAGAAGAUGUGUAUAUUCUAUCAGAAAAGACAAGGAAGAUAGAAAUAAUGACGUUUGAUGUUUGCAUAUAUAUUGGCACAAAGGCAAGGAUGCAACUAAAAACUAAGAAACUAGUCCAUUUUUUGGUGUUUAGAGGCGCCUCAUAAUCAGAGGCAUUAAACUGUACCUUGCUUCUCCCUGCUUCAAUAGGGGCUGGAGGGUAGAGAUACAGUGUGGGAAGGUUCUAGCAGUUCAAUGUGUACUUGCAUUUUAGGGCUAAGGAAGAGCGAUUACAGCUGACUUGUAAAUUGUGUCCUUUGGUUGCAGCCAGCCUACCCAAUUUCCGCCUCUGAUAAUAGAUCAAGAUCCACCUGUGCUGAUUUCUGAAUGCAGGAACAUUCUUCAGCUUCUGGGAGUCUUAGUUCUGGGAGUCUUAGUUCUGCUUUGUCUUCUUGCUUCUCUUGAUGAAAGACUGAAUCCCUGUUGUUAUUUUUUCCAGGCUGUCCCAUUCCACAUUGCCAUCCCGGGGAAUUUCACUCAGUUCCGCAAGAUUACAAUUGUGGGGAAUGUGCCUUUUCACGCAAACAGGUGCGUUAGCAGAGGGGGCAAUAUUAUGCACCAACUUCCUACAUUCAAUUAUCAAAUGAAGUUGAAGCCAAUCAGAAAGCACCGUAUAUACUUGUGUAUAAGCUGACUUUUUCAGCACAUUUUUUUAUGCUGAAAAAGCCCCCCUCGGCUUAUACUCGAGUGAGGGUCCCUUUCGGGCUGCUCCUUCCUCCUCCUCUGCCUUUGCCGCUGGCGGCGGCGGUGGAGGAACGAGCAGCCCGAAAGCAGCCCUUUGGGGCUGCUUGUUCUUACUCCGCCGCUGCCGCCACCAGCCUCUGCCUCUUGGCAGCACCCUGGGUAGGCUGGGGGACAGGAGGGGCUGGGAGGGAGAGAGAAGCCCCCUCUGCCGUGUGCGCGUGUGCACACGAACUCUGGCCCACCAGGAGGUUUGUGGUGUGGUGAACCGGCUUAUACUCGGGUCAGUAAGUUUUCCCAGUUUUUUGUGGUAAAAUUAGGUGCCUCAGCUUAUAUUUGGGUCGGCUUAUACUCGAGUAUAUACGGUAUCUGUCAAAUUAUGUCUGCAGGUUCCAGAGAUACAACCAAUCUAAUUCGCUUCCCUAUCACAUUUGAAUCUUAUUUUGCUGCCUUCUUAUUCAGUUUACCUUUGCUGUGUGUGGUUUUUCCAAAAUAUUUAUUUCUUUCAGAGUAAUUUUCUUUCUCGAUUGGCAGUGACGUUGUUUGGGAACAACAUGCAAGUGUCAUGAAGGGUGGCUGAUUUCAUAACAUUCACACAUGCAGCAGAAGCUGAGCUUCUAGGUCAACCUGUGGCUCCUAGGUGUAGGUUUGCUUUUCUGCAAAUGAGGAUAAUAACGAGAGCCAGUGUGGUGAGCACUUUGGUUCGGCUGGAGAGUUCAAAUCCUCGUUCAGCCAUGAAGCUCACUGGAUGAAGUUGAGCCAGAGACUCAUAGGGCAAGGCAAAGUAAUCUUCAAAGAUGCCACCCUGAGUACAGUGGUACCUCCGGUUACGAACUUAAUUCGUUCCAGAGGUCCAUUCUUAAGCCGAAACUGUUCUUAUCAUGAGACGCGCUUUUGCUAAUGGGGCCUCCCACUGCCGCCACACCGUGGGCGCGCGACUUCCGCUUGCAUCCCAGGGCAACGUUUGCAACUAGGGGCAUCUACUUCCGGGUUAGCGGAGCUCGUUACCCGAAGCAUUCGUAAAGAGGACGGUACGUAACCCGAGGUUCCACUGUAUAUUGGAGGAAAGGGAUGGUACCAGUGUGGUAAUACAAAUCUGAUCCAGAGAAGACUCAGGUCUAAAAAGAUCAUGGGCUUAUCCAGACUUUCUGUUACAUUGCGCUUUUCAGGCACAGAUCUGGGAUUUAAAGCUGUGUGUCAGAGUGAUGUUGGUUUUUUUAUAUAUUUAUCCCAGUGCUUCCCCAGGGAAAAUCCGCAUUUUACUGCUGAAUCAGAGCAAAUAAAAAACUGCAGAAAACCUGAUUGCCGUAAUCAGCAGUAAAGCGCAGGUUUCCCUAGGGAAACCACCGGGACAAAAAAGAAAACCUGCUUGGACACAAAGCUUUAAAUUCCAGACCUUUUGGCUAGAAAUGUGGCAUAAAAGGUAGUCUGGAUGAGCCAUGAGUGAAAUAAAAGCCAGAUCAAGAAGUUUAGGCCAAGCAGAUGAAAGAGUGAAUUAUUUAAGAUGGCUGUAGAGCAAGAAGCAGAGAAAGGCAGGCUCAAGAAGAAUGUCUAUCAGGUAAGUACCGGUACUCUCAAAUACCCAUUUGUUUUGUGUAUUUCUCUAAAAAAAAGCAGGUUGUAAAUAGUCACUUACCCAGUCACUUGUGGCAAAUAAUGGAGAGCCCUCAAGGCUAUGGCAAGAACAAAAAUGAUCAAAAUAAGUUUUUCUUUCAGACCACAUGCAACUAGCAGAUCCUAUGCAUAUUUACUGAGAACUAAAUCCCAGUGAGUUCAAUGCAGCCCACUCCAAGUUAAGUGUACAGAAGAGGAUAGCAUUAGAUAUUUAUACUGGGAGCAGCCAGGCUAGUAAACAUUUUCAGUGGGCAUGUAACUUUAGUAGAUUUAUUUGCAAAGCUGUGAAGAAGUUAUUUAUUCCACCCACCUUACCCACCCAUUUUAUAAGUUCUUGUAGGCAGGGGUUACAUUUCCAGGUAUGCGUGAAAUUAUAUAUAGUGGGGAACACCAUCUAAAAAACCAAACUCCGCCAAGAAUCUGGCAAACUCCAUCACAAUUGCUCCCUCCAAACCUCCGUUCUCAAACUCCCAACUCUCCACAGCCCUCAAAGGUCUGUGCAAAGGCUUCUGGAUCGCUAGCCAUUUUCCUGCUCUUUUCAUGUCAUUUUUGCAGUUUUUCUGCUCUUCUUAGGCUCUUUUUGCCCUUUAAAUUUAUUUAUCUGUAUCCCAGCAAUGCGCAUAUAUGCAGUUGUGCAUAAGUGGGGAAACUUCUGUAUUGCUUCCACUCAAUAGCUACAUUAAAUUUGCAAAGGAUUAGGAAGACUUGCUUCUCUAAGAUCUAUGCUGGGUUAAAAGUCGUGUUGUAUCAUUUUGGAGACCCCAGGAAUAUGCAUUGUCGCCUCCUUCCUCCCAGAUUCCAUGUGAACCUGAAAAACACAAUGACCGGCAACAUCGCCCUGCACAUCAACCCCCGACUGAAGGAGGGAGCAAUAGUCCGGAACACCUUCAUCCAUGGCAGUUGGGGCUCUGAGGAGAGGCACUUGCCUGCCAUGCCUUUCUCCCCUGGCCAGGCCUUCCAUGUAAGAAAUACCUUUGGGGAAUGAGCAUUUGCACUGGUUUAAAUUUCAGAUCUUUGUCAGAAGGCACACCUCAUCAACAAUACCAACCUAGGUUGAAACGGUUACACAGAAGCUUCUGACAUUCUGUGGCAGGUAUUAGUUUCAACAGCAGAUCUUGGAAAGACCCUUCCAACACUCUCCUUGCCCCCUGCCCUUUUAGCAGAGAGGAACUGGCCACUUCCUCCUGCUCUUCAUGUGCAGGUGAAAACACAUGAAGAAGGACCUUUGGCCUGAUCAAGGAAAGCAGUGUUUAUAUUCCUACAGCCAUUUUACUGGCUUAUACUUGCCUUUCCACAUCAGACCAUCAAUUCCAGCAUUCUCUCUCAAACAAUGCCUUUUAAGCAGCUAAGAAGGGAGAGAUUGCCCCCUCCCCAGAUUAGCCUAAUUAGUCCAGUAGGGGGCUGGAUUUUCUUGGGACCAGAGCGCUAUACUUUUAUAAAGUAGUGCUAUACAUCUGACAGGAUUCUUGGCACUCUGAACAAACUGCUUCAUUUUAGGAAAUCAUUAAACUGGUAUAAAAUUAGGGUUGCCAUACGUCCAUAAUUUCCCAGACGUAGCCGGGAUUUGGCAGUCGGAAACAGUGACCGGGCAGAAAUCACAGCGAUCUCUGUGAAAAUCCAGAUGUAUAGCAACCCGUGUCAGAAGUGACUCUGCAAAAAAAAACAAAAAAACCAACCACCCCUCAACAACAGUAUGGCAACCCUAAUAAAAUUGAUAUAAUGGAUAAAACCUGCUCCAUGCCUCUUGUUGUGUGUGGAUUAGUAUGGUUUGAAAACUCAGAAUAAAACAUUUCUUACUUUCUACCACUAGAUGGAGAUCACCAACCUAAAGAAUAACUAUCAGGUGACUGUGAAUGGAAUUGUGAUAUUCAAUUAUACCCAUCGAAUCCCUUCAGGACAGGUGGACCACCUGGAAAUAGCUGGGGAUGUGACCCUCUCCUGUGUGCAGUACUGACGAGUCUCUGUUCUUCUUACACAACAUUUUAAAUAAGCUAUCUUGAAAGAGAAAAGCAAAUACGUUUCUGUAGUGCCUUUCCCCCCUGUGGAUCAGCACUGCUUCAAACCACGUCAGGCAUACCUGACCUGCAAGGCUAAUGUUUACUAUUAUGGCUUCCCUACAAGGGACCCUGGGAAUUAUAGUCUGAAAGGAUCACUUGCAGAAAAAAAAUGUGGUAACCUUGUGGGAUACCUGUGGGUAGGGAAGCCAUGCUUGCGAAAUCUGUUAAAACCCUUUUUCUGGUACUGAUGCAAAUAUACAGGUGUUGAAUAAAGAUGCUGAAUGGAGAUUUUACUAACUGGACAGCAGAUAGAAUUGUUUUGUCUUAAAUUCAGAUAAUCAUUUACUUCUUCCCUUGUACCCUUAAUCAUACUUUGCAGUUAUGUAAAUUAUGCUCAUAUGCCUCCUUGAUGAAAAAUAAAUGCCAAUGAAGAUAAAGAUGGAAUGAU